GCUAGUAAUCAUAUCAUUUCUCCAUUGAAUACAGACGGUCGACGUAAACAACCCUCGUCGAAUAUUCAAUGCUGGAUUACAAUAAUGAGAUGCAUCCACCAAUCCAAAGAAAGGAAAGGCGGAAGUUAGGCAGCCCGGUGAGUCGCUUUGUGGACAACGACUCCCAUCGUUAGGUCCGGAGAGACAUAUAUAAACCUGUCAGUAUAGCCAUAAUCUUUGAUAAUAAAAGUAAAUGAACAAAGAAGUAGACCAGACCCAGCUGCUAUUGCAUUUGGUGUCUAUAAGAGACAUCUCGUUAAGUAGACCGGAACUGACCUUUUUUUGUUGUUGUUGUAAACGGCGAGUGAACCAUCUUAAUUUAUCCACCAUCUUUGGUGUGUUCAGGAGGAAGUGGAACAUGUAAACACACAACAAUGUCAGCCGUAGACCUAGUGCUCUGCAGCCAGACCUUACUUCUGCACAGUUAUCAAGCUAUAUCAGACCCAUAUCCAUCCAUACAGAACACUUGUCGGCUCUGCGGUCAAAAUCUGCUCAUCAAGGGGACAUUACAGGCAACACGAAGAAUAUUUGACAAGCCUAAAGCCUCAAAGGAAAAAGGUUAUGUGAUAGAUUCCUUGCCACCGGUUUAGUGCUAACUGAAGCACCAGGGGUGAAAUCGGGCAGAAUUUGUGCAAAGUGUUAUAGACUAUUUCUCAGGAUAGAGGAAUCUGUAAGCGUUUUAAAGAAAUGGCAAUCGGAGCAUCAGACACCGGGGACGAGCAAGAAGAGGAAGCGUGAACGGGAACCGAGUCCAUCUGAAACAGACAAGGGAACCAAGAAGACAUCUGAACGGGAACCGAGUCCAUCUGGAACAGACAAGGGAGCCAAGAAGACAUCUGAACGGGAACCGAGUCCAUCUGAAACAGACCGGGCUGCCAAGAAGACAUGUCCUCCCUAUAAAAAGGUUCCCCCGAGGAGCAGUCUUGUCGAGGUUGUCAUAACAUACCCUAACCAAUUGGAUCCAAAGCUGAAAAAGAGGGUUGAGAAGGUUUCAUCCGAAUUUUCCGGAAUGGUUGAAAACUUGGCAAAAGGCAAAUUGACGACAUUUGUCAGGUUAGCCUUGACGAAUGAAACCAUGUGUCAAGAAAUCAGAAAGCAGAUGACACAGAAAAUAGAAGCAGAGGUCAAGGCAUAUGCAAGACCCUUAAAUUACCUGACUUGUGCUGAACCUUGCAUCUUGAGUAGUACCUCGUUGGAGAAUAUGAAGUGUUUUUCAUACAAAGCGUUGGAUGAUGAGUUGUCCAAGAAGACACCAUGGCUUUAUACCACCAUCAAUACUGCAACAGGUGGAUCCACCAUCCAUAACUGUGUAGCCGCCUCUGUGGCCCUGAGAGGUAGAAACCCCAGGCUUUCUGCACUGGCCUAUGUCAUCAACUCCACACUGACCCAAGGAGGGGUUAAGCCCAUUUUCAAAAGACUCUCUAAGAUGGGCAUAACAACCACACACAGCAAUGUCCUAAAUAAGCAGAAAGAGAUGAAGGCAGCUGGGUACAACAUCAACAUCAAAUGCUGGAGGGAGGACUGUGAGCUGUUUUUCCAACAUAGUAUCAACGGUGAAGUCUGCCCACGACCACCUCCUACUGCUAAACCGACAGAGGAGACCGGAAGAGAGGAAGAAGAGGAGGAGGACAAGGGUCCAGUGGAGGAUGAGUUUGAAAUAGAGCUGGACUGGGGUCCACUGGAGGAAGAGGGUGAAGGAGAUGAGGAAGAGUGGAGUCCACUGUCAGAAGAGACAGAAAGAGAGGAGGACAGAGGAUCUACAGUGGAGGAAGAGAGAGGAGAGGAGAAAGCCCGGGGUUCCCUGCUAGGAGAGACAGAAAGAGAGGAAGAGGGACAAACAUUAUCAGCACUAGAAGGAAAUGACAGACAGGAAGAGGAUUCUGAUUCAACAGUGGAUUCAGAGACUGAAUACUUUGGAUUAAACCUCACCUGUGAGAGUGAUUAGAGAAGUAGCCUAACAAAGAGUCUGUAGAUUACAGAUCUAGACCUGGGCUACAUCUCUGAACAACAAGGCCCUAAUCAUAGAAUACAUCCCAAAUGGCACCCUAUUCCCUUUAUAGUGCACUACUUUUGACCAGGGCCAUUUGGGACAGAAUCAUACAGUGAAAUUACUCAUGUUGAGGGGGGUCAGGAUGUGAGGUCUACUGUUCCUGGUGUAUUGAGGGGGUCAGGAUGUGAGGUCUACUGUUCCUGGUGUAUUGAGGGGUCAGGAUGUGAGGUCUACUGUUCCUGGUGUAUUGAGGGGGUCAGGAUGUGAGGUCUACUGUUCCUGGUGUAUUGAGGGGUCAGGAUGUGAGGUCUACUGUUCCUGGUGUGUUGAGGGGGUCAGGAUGUGAUGUCUACUGUUCCUGGUGUAUUGAGGGGUCAGGAUGUGAGGUCUACUGUUCCUGGUGUGUUGAGGGGUCAGGAUGUGAGGUCUACUGUUCCUGGUGUAUUGAGGGGUCAGGAUGUGAGGUCUACUGUUCCUGGUGUAUUGAGGGGUCAGGAUGUGAGGUCUACUGUUCCUGGUGUGUUGAGGGGGUCAGGAUGUGAGGUCUACUGUUCCUGGUGUGUUGAGGGGUCAGGAUGUGAGGUCUACUGUUCCUGGUGUAUUGAGGGGUCAGGAUGUGAGGUCUACUGUUCCUGGUGUGUUGAGGGGGUCAGGAUGUGAGGUCUACUGUUCCUGGUGUAUUGAGGGGUCAGGAUGUGAGGUCUACUGUUCCUGGUGUGUUGAGGGGUCAGGAUGUGAGGUCUACUGUUCCUGGUGUGUUGAGGGGGUCAGGAUGUGAGGUCUACUGUUCCUGGUGUAUUGAGGGGUCAGGAUGUGAGGUCUACUGUUCCUGGUGUGUUGAGGGGGUCAGGAUGUGAGGUCUACUGUUCCUGGUGUGUUGAGGGGUCAGGAUGUGAGGUCUACUGUUCCUGGUGUGUUGAGGGGUCAGGAUGUGAGGUCUACUGUUCCUGGUGUAUUGAGGGGUCAGGAUGUGAGGUCUACUGUUCCUGGUGUGUUGAGGGGGUCAGGAUGUGAGGUCUACUGUUCCUGGUGUGUUGAGGGGUCAGGAUGUGAGGUCUACUGUUCCUGGUGUGUUGAGGGGGUCAGGAUGUGAGGUCUACUGUUCCUGGUGUGUUGAGGGGGUCAGGAUGUGAGGUCUACUGUUCCUGGUGUAUUGAGGGGUCAGGAUGUGAGGUCUACUGUUCCUGGUGUGUUGAGGGGUCAGGAUGUGAGGUCUACUGUUCCUGGUGUGUUGAGGGGGUCAGGAUGUGAGGUCUACUGUUCCUGGUGUAUUGAGGGGUCAGGAUGUGAGGUCUACUGUUCCUGGUGUGUUGAGGGGGUCAGGAUGUGAGGUCUACUGUUCCUGGUGUAUUGAGGGGUUAGGAUGUGAGGUCUACUGUUCCUGGUGUGUUGAGGGGGUCAGGAUGUGAGGUCUACUGUUCCUGGUGUGUUGAGGGGUCAGGAUGUGAGGUCUACUGUUCCUGGUGUGUUGAGGGGGUCAGGAUGUGAGUACAGUGUGUUGAGGGGGUCAGGAUGUGAGUACAGUGUGUUGAGGGGGUCAGGAUGUGAGUACAGUGUGUUGAGGGGGUCAGGAUGU